AUGAGUGGGAAACCAGACUUGCUCAUAAUCGAUUCAACCGUCCAGGAGGUCGACGUCGCUCGCCGUCAAGAAUUGUCCAAUAAGGUCAAUUUGCUAUAUUAUGAUUGCCCUACGGUUGAUGAAUUCAAAAAGCGGAUGAAGCCAGGGGGCCCUUAUGCCAAUAUUGUGGCCGUGAUGCGCAAUGGCUGGCACAAAGCUGGCCCUCUAGCGGACCAACGUCUUUUUACUGCUGAUGUCGUGGCCUGCUUCCCUAAAUCGCUGAAGCUCAUCGCAUGCAGUGGCCACGGGUACGACGCCGCAGAUAUCGAUGGAUUAACCGCUCGGGGAAUUAUGUACUGCAAUACGCCAAACGCAUGCACCGAAGCUGUUGCUACAGCUACCCUGUCUCUCAUCAUCGACUCAUUCCGCUUUCUGUCCUUCGCGCAAUGGUGCGCGAGGUAUGAUUGGAUGAAGAGUCGAGAGCUGGGCCCCAUAGCUGUCGAUCCUACCAACAAGACUUUGGGUAUCGUAGGACUUGGAGACAUUGGUCUGGCCGUGGCUCAGAAAUGUGAAGCUGCGUUUGGUAUGAAGAUUCAUUAUCAAGGCCCAAGACCUAAGCCCGCAGUCGAGAAGUUGUUGAGUCAUGGGGCCGUAUACCAUUCAACCGUUGAGGACAUGAUUCCCGAGAUCGAUUGUAUCGUCCUUGCUGCACCUUACACCAAGGAAACUCAUCAUUUGCUGUCGCACAAGCAGUUUUCCCUCGCAAAGAAGGAAGGUCUACGGGUCGUGAAUAUUGCGAGAGGUGCAAUGAUUGAUGAGGACGCCUUGAUAGAGGCUCUAGAGUCUGGGCGCGUCCCCGGGGCUGGACUUGAUGUUCACGCAAGCGAGCCUGAGGUCAGUCCCAAACUCAAGAAUAAUUGGAAAGUUGCUCUGCUGCCACAUAUCGGCGUCUGCUCGAAGAGUAGCUGGAGCGAAUUUGAGAGAAUAAAUUUGGACAAUAUCGAGGAAUUUUUUGCAACAGGACAGCCAUUGAGACCACCUGUCAAUCGUAUUAGCAAAUAA